UAAAACGAGGAAAUGGAUACAAAUUAAAACACAGGCGCUUACUGUCAUUGUCGUGCGAAAACUGUCGGGUUUAAAAGUCAAAAUGUGCAGAGUCGCGUGUCUCCUUGCGCUCGUCGUUUUAGUCAGCCCCGCUGCUGACGCGUUGGACAAUGGUCUCGCGCUGAAGCCCACAAUGGGCUGGCUGCAUUGGGAGAGGUUCAUGUGUAACAUCGACUGUGACAGGGACCCCAACAACUGCAUCAGUGAGCGUCUGUACAUGCAGAUGGCAGAUGUGAUGGCGAAGGAGGGCUGGAACGAGGCCGGUUACGAGUACGUCUGCAUCGACGACUGCUGGCCCUCCCACCAGCGCGAUGCCCAGGGCCGCCUGCAGGCAGACCCAAAACGAUUCCCGGGGGGCAUCAAGAAACUGGCCGACUACGUCCAUUCUAAGGGACUGAAGCUGGGCAUCUAUGCAGAUGUUGGGAAAAAGACCUGUGCUGGAUACCCAGGCAGUCUUGGUUACUAUGAGACAGAUGCUCAGACUUUUGCUGACUGGGAUGUGGAUCUGCUCAAAUUUGAUGGCUGCAAUAUGGACUGGACCUUGCUGGGAGAAGGAUACGUGAACAUGUCAAAAGCACUGAACAAAACCGGAAGAAGUAUCCUGUACUCCUGUGAGUGGCCUUUGUAUGAGUGGCCUUUCCAAAAGCCCAACUACACAGCCAUUCGAGAGGCCUGUAACCACUGGCGCAACUUCAAUGACGUGUACGACUCAUGGAGCUCUAUCAAGUCUAUCUUGGAAUGGACCGCUUCUCAUCAAGACGUUAUCGUCCCCUCGGCUGGACCUGGAGGAUGGAACGACCCCGAUAUGCUCGUGAUUGGGAACUUUGGCCUCAGCCAUGCCCAGCAGGAGUCUCAGAUGGCAUUAUGGGCCAUCAUGGCGGCCCCUCUGCUGGUGUCUAAUGAUCUGAGGGACAUCUGUCCUCGCUCCAAGGAGCUGCUGCAGAACAAACACAUCAUAGCCAUCAGCCAGGACCCGCUGGGCAAGCAAGGAUACCGCACUGUCAAGGUGGACACUUUUGAGGUGUGGGAGAGGCCUCUGUCUAAGAAGAGACUGGCCAUCGCUGUGCUGAACAUGAUGGAGAUCGGUGGUCCGCGAGGGUUUUUCCUAAGAGCGGUUCCUGGCUGGAAGAUCUGUGACCCGCAGUGCAACCUCACACAGGUCCUGCCUCAGUACAAGGAACUGGGUGUUCAGACUCCACAUACCAAAGUGGUCGUGUCUGUCAACCCCUCAGGCACAGCUCUACUGACCGUCACUCCCAUCAGCGGAGACUUCACGGGGCUCAGUGAGCUCUACUGGGAGGACACGGCUGUGAAACGCAACCACAUAAUUUUGUAAUCCUUCGGUGGCUUUGCACUACCGAUUUGUCGCUUUUCCAAAAAAAAAAAAA